CAUUAUAUGGGCGUGAUACAUGGACAAUGAAGCAAAAAGACAGAAAAAGUUACGAAUGAAAAAGACUUAAAAGGGCUGAAUGAGAAAAGAACAUUAAUAAAAACAAUAAAGCAUAGAAGAGGCAAAAUGCUGAGUCAACUUAUAUAUUUUUUAAAGAGCAUAGUAGAAGGAAAAGUAGAGGACAAAAGGGGAAAAAGAAGACCGAGGAAUAACUAUUAUGGGACAGAUAAAGGAAACACUAGGUAUUAUGUCGUAUAGGGAGGUCAAGGAUAUGGCCUGGGAUAGAGCUGGCUGGAAGAGAAUGCAUGAGUUAGUUGCACCGACAAGAGGAAACUCUUAAACGUAAUGAGAGAGAAGGCGAAGCGGAGUGCGGCGGGGAGGGCGGCGGCGAAGCGGAGAGCCCGCCCCCCAUGGCGCCGUUCGGCUACGCCCACCCGGGGAACCUGUCGCCGUCCCACUCGCGCAGUUAUCAGGAGCUGCGGCCGGCAGCGGCACACGGCCGCGACAUGCAGACUUAUACGCACUUCGACGAGUCGCUGUUCAAGCCGGCGCCGGCGCCGGCGGCGGCGGCGGGCGGCGGCUCCACUGACGGCAUGUACUUGCGCGGCCGCAGCCCCGAGCUCAGCCCCUCGCCCGAGCAGCGCCGCGACGACUACCGCCACUACGAGGCCUACCCUGCGCCGCCGGCCUACUCGCAUGAACACCACCACCACCACAUCGAUAGCGGUGGCGGCGGUGGAGGCGGCGGCGCGGUGUACGGACGGUGCGCGUACCCCGCUGGUUCGUCUUACUUUGGCAACGGAACUGAGCUCGCAGCGCAGCCACAGAUAUGGAGUUCUAGCGCAGGAGCAGAAGUGACAGGAUACGGUGCGAAUCCGCUCGCAGGUGGCUCUCCCACGUACGGAGGCGGCGGCAGCGGCGCGAACGCUGGCGUGGUGCUGGCGGAGGAGUACGCGGAGGCCGGCGGCGCCGGCGGCGCUGGCGGCGCGGCCGGCGCGGCCGGCGCGGCUGAUGCUGGCGGCGGCGCGCUGCCCGCCUUCAGCGCGCGCUUCGGCGGAGCGUUCGCGUGCGCCACGUCGCGCCCCUCCACCGUGUACGGCGCGCCGGCGCUGGCAGCCAACGCGUACGCACAGGACGUGUGGGGCAUGGACAACGGUCGUCGGCCGCAAUUGUCAGCCGCUGCCAGUCUCUCAGCCAUCGAGAUGGCGGAGUUGUUCACGGAGGGGCGUGAGUGCGUGAACUGCGGGGCGAUUCACACGCCGCUGUGGCGGCGCGACGGCACCGGCCACUACCUGUGCAACGCGUGCGGCCUCUACAACAAGAUGAACGGCAUGAACCGGCCGCUGAAGCAGCCGCGGCGGCUGGUACGUCAGCGGCACGCCGCGCACGCGCUCUCCGCGCCCGCCCACGACAUGGGUUCUAAACGGCCGGGGAUGUCGUGCAGCAACUGUCACACGACCACCACGUCGCUGUGGCGGCGCAACGCUCACGGCGAGACGGUCUGCAACGCCUGUGGCCUCUACUACAAGCUGCACAGCAUUAACCGGCCUAUAGCCAUGAAGAAGGAUUCUAUACAGACGCGGAAACGAAAACCAAAGAACACAAUGAAAUCAGAGAGAAAUUCCAAAAAUGCAGCCCUCAUACGCAAAAUGGAAAAUUUAGUGGACGUCCACCACGUAGGCGCGGGUGUAGGCGUGGGCGCGGAGGCGGCCGCGGGCGGGCCGCGGUCGCCGCUCGCCAUGAACUACUACGUGCAGCAGGCGCUCAAGCUGGACGAGCCGCCGCCGGCGCACUCGCACCCCGCGCUCUACGACGACGCCGACUACCGGCGCGCCGCCGCCGCCGCCGCCGUCGCCGCCGCCGAGCCCGCCGAGCGCCUCGACCGGCCCACGGUCGUGUCCAUGGGCAGUUGAGUGGCCGCCGCCCGCCGCCGUCUCCGAGCUGCGCAGCCGGCGCGCGGCCCUCCUAGUAGAAUCUCAGUCGGUUAAGUUUUUUUAGUUUAAUAAAGUCGAGUCCGACGAUCAGUCGUUGCUAGUUGACCAAAUCGCGGGAGGGCGCGCCGCGGGCGGCCGCGACGUGCAGGGCGCGGCUGCCGAGCACCUCGCGGCUCGUAUCUCCCGGCGAGUCUAUUUAUCGUAAUGUUACUGUAGUUGUAUGUGUCGAUGCACAGUGCACGCAAUGAGUUCGAGCUCUGCUACUGUAUUGCCCGCGACGCGGUGGUGCUCUCGAUCUUCAACGUUGUCGGUUUAUCAUCGCGAUGUACGCGCGUGAUUGCGCACAAUAAAAUAAUCUGUUACCAAAUGUUUUAUAUCUCGAUAAACUAUAAGACUGUACUGUACCAUUCCUAGCGUGUUGCGUUCCUAGCAUAACGAAUAUUAUCUAGUUGUGUAAUGUAGUCGUCACUUAGUGUGUAAGAUGUGCCGACGAGGCUCCAUGACCAGCUUUACGCUGUUUUUUUUUUCUAUUUAAGAGAAUGCAUCAAUUAGUCGUCCCGAAGUAAUUCAUGCAUUCUCUUCCAGCCAGCUCUCUUCCAGAUCAUAUCUUUGACCUUCCUAUACGACAUGACGUCUAAUGUAUCUAUUAUCUUUUCUAUGUAGUUAUUUCUCGAUCUUCUUCUUCUCUAUUUUGCCUCUUCUAUUCUCUACUAUUUUCCUUGUUUAUUCUCAUUCACCCUUUUCAACACUUCUUCCUUCGUCACUAUUUCUGUCCAACUUAUCUUUUCCAUGCUUCUUCUUAUCGACAUUUCGGAUGCCUCAAGCAUCGUUCUUUCCUUUUGCGUCAUUGUUCAUUUUCCAUACCUAUACAAUGCUAUGGUCCAAAUGUAAUGUUAUUUACAUAUUAUUAGCAAAUAAUUCUAGUGGUUAUUUUAAUAAAUUUAUUAGACAUUCUAAUUUUACUCCAUGACUUCAAAAUACAUUCCACGAAUUUAGUAGAUGUAGCACUCUGUGGUGUUUCUUGUGUGGACACAAUCCUCCUGUAGACAGCGGGCUCGAUUCUAGUCUAGUUCAUUUUCAAACUUAUCUCCAAAAUUUAUUAACUUAAGAGGAAGCAUAUCAUUUCAGUAAGAUCUAACAGUAGUUGCUAACAGAUUUGCAAUAUAAUUAAUAAUUAGUUUAUGGCGGCCGAUAAAACAAUAUUUCGCGAAACCAUUAAAAUUGAAAAAGUAGGUAGUAGUAGAAACAGACAAAAGGGGUAUCGGAUCAACUCCAGUGUUGCCAUAUUUCAAAAUGUAUUUUUUUUUUUUAUUUUUACUUUUCUCUAAUAAUUUUAGAGAUGAGAGAGAACGAACAACACAGAAUCAGUCUCAUUCAGCUCAAAUGAUCCUUAAUUGUAAUAUCGAGGAGCGCAAUUACAACGACUAUUGUUAGCUACUAACCUCUGGUGUGGUUGGCAAAAUCUUGUUCAAUACAAACGCUGCAUUUGGAUACAGGUAUUGUAUGCCACUGCACGUGUUUAGUACUAACGUUAGGCAAUUAUGUGCAGUUAAUCAACUUGCCGUAUAUUAGGAGUGCAUGAUUUGUGAAUGGAUAUUGUAUUAUGUGCGAGAUCACAGGGUAAUCAUGUGUCAAUAUGUCGGAUUAGUUUUUUUUUUUUCCUAUGUAUCUUUAACAACUUAUUCAGUACAUUAUUUGUAUUUUGAUUAUUUAUAAAUUAUGAUAAUAUGUUUUAAAUAAAUUAUAAAUAAUUACAAUAGAGGUGAAAAGAAUUUAAUUAAUUAUAUUUAGGUUGACUAUACAAAUACUGUAGGUAGUGAAUUUGUCGUUUCUCAUGAUGUUUUUUUAACCAUGUCGACUAAAGAGAGCCAAAAACGCACCUUAAAAUGGAUUAUAUUAUUCCAAUCGUUCGUAUGAUUUCUUGCCGUAUUACCCAGUUCGUAGUACAAUUUAUUGUAAUAUAUAAAUGUAUUUGUUAUGUAAAUUCAAAAUCGAAUGGAAUAUUUUAACAUAAUAAUAAUAAUCUAUCCAAUCGUUUUGUCGGUGAACGGUCUUAUCUCAGCCAGACUGGAACAACAUCUCAGACGGUUGGGAUUCCGAGGCGGCUCACUCUCGGGAAAGAUGCAGAAAAGCGGUGCUCUUAGAUACUUCCCGAAUUAUACAUUAGUUUCUCUCCCUGGGGCCCUGAACCCCGGCACGACUGUGCUUCUGCCGGGGUUAGUUUGCCAUCUCCUCUCCUUAAGUGUGAAUUUUCUAAAAAUUUAAAAAAUAAUAAUAAUCAAUCUAUUGAAACCUGAAUUACAUGCACUGAAAUAAAUUAAUUCACUAGCCAUCUUUGUCUGAUGCCAAUUAAAUGUAAGAGAUGGCUAUAGUUAGUUAAGUUUUACAAAUCAAAUUAAUUUAAGACUAAUGUUGUUUUAAGUUCUAGUAUUUUUUAUCAGUCACAUAAUAGUUUAAAUGUAUUUCUAAUAAAUCUCUAGAAUAGUUGCGUCGCGCGAGAGAGUAUAAAUAAGUGAAUAAUAAUUUUAAAAAAGAAACUAAAGAACAGUGUCGGCGUGUAGCGGCGGGCGGCCAUCCGGGCAGCGCUCCGCCGCCUACAACCGCCUGCGCUGUAUGUCGCCAAACAAAACAUAGGACGCUACUCGUAUGUGAUGCUAUGUUAUAUUUAUGUUAUAAUACGAUACUGCGACUGCGCUCGCUUGUACUCGUUCACAUUUCUCUGUAAAUAUGAUGGUUAUACUUUAAAUAAAUAAAUGUAUGGCAGACAA